GUUCUGAUAAAAAGUUUAGAAAACUAACCAGGCAUCUACUUGCUAGAAUAAAAGAAAGUUCGGCCAUUACUAAUAAGCUUCAGAUUAAUGAUCAGCUAUAUCAGCUUUAUUAUAAUAACUAUGUUGUAUAUGAUCGAGGAAAAAAAAAAACCAAGGUAUCAAAAAAAGACGCUGACUUUUCUUAUAAACCAGGAGGUGCUAAUAAUCAAUUGAGUAUGCGAUCGCAGAGUAAAAUGAUAAAUAUCGAUAUGAAUGAUUUAACUAUAACCGAAGCUGAAAGAGAGAAAGAAUUAAUUGAAUCGGAUAAGGAAGAAAGGGUGUAUUACGAAGAAGUCUUGGAGGAUGGUAAUAAUAAACCGCUUGAUGAUGUAAAUUCUCUAAUCGAAAAUAAUACUGAGAGUAUUAGUAAGGUUAAGGGUAAAGGUAAAUUGACGAAUAAAGGAAUUGAACCCAAAGAACUAUCUCAGAUAGUGGAAGAAAAUAAUGUAUCCAAAGAUGAUUGUAAUAUUCAAAGCAUUGAGUUAAUACAUGAUCAAUUUAGAAUACUAUAUGAUCAUCAACGUGAGAAAAAUUCACCUAUUUUUGAUGUACAAACAUUUAUUGAAACAAUUGAGAGUCGUGAACCCAAAUUAAAGGGACUGUUUAAUGCAUUCUUUUUAGCUAUGAAUCUAGAAGGAAAAAACCAGCAAACUAAAGAAUUGCUGUACAAAAAAGUUAUGUUACUUUGUUAUCAGAUGGCUAGAUUACGAAACAAACAAAUAAGUAAU